CCCAUAUCCAGCAGCAUGGCGUCAGUAACAAGGAGGCUGCUGCUGCAGUCGCGCCGCUGCCCGUCCUCGACGGCACCGCGAUCGACUCCGAAAUGCGUGUCCCAAUGGCAACGACCGUUCUCCACCACACCCGGUCGAUCUGCAAGAAACAGAGAAGACGAGCCGCCCCAAGCACCCGCGAAGCCUGCGAAGCCCGUGACCCACACGCCGGAGGAGACGACUGCGCAGCUGCGGAAGCUUGCCGAGGAUUUCAGACAGAUGGAUCCUGCAAUCGCUAAGGAUGCCGCUCGCAAGGGCAAGGACGGCUGGCCACUUGCGAGCGAAUUUAAUUUAGAGACGGAAGAAGACUUUCAAAUGACGCGCGACGAGGCACGUGCCGUCAAGCAAGGUUUCUGGGCUGAAGGAGAAGAGUCGAUGGGCGCUGACGAGGACUACUACGGCGACGACCUUACUCGUGAUGGACAUGCACAGCUGCGGUCGCACAGGCACCUAAGGGCAUACGCGCGAUUGAUUGCGUGGGAGAUGCCUCUGCUUCACCAACUCGCGCGCCCCUUCGAGCCCCCCACAGCAGCAACCCCCUUCCGCUUCCGCUACACCUCGUACCUGGGCGAAUCGCACCCGGCUGCCAACAAGGUGGUUGUCGAGUUCUCGCCCUCGGACCUGGGUCUCACCGAGCUUCAGCGCGCCAAACUGAUUAAGCUGUCCGGGCCGCGCUACAACCCCUCGUCGGACCUCGUCAAGCUCUCCGCCGAGCAAUUCGACUCACAGACGCAGAACAAGCGCUUCGUGGGCGAAACCAUCCAGUCGCUGAUUGCCGAGGCAAAGGACGCCACAGACACGUUUGAAGACGUGCCGUUUGAUUUCCGCCACCACAAGCCGAAGACGCGGCAUCAGUUCCCCAAGGAGUGGAUUCUGACGGAGGAGAGGAAGCACUAUCUUGCAGCAAAGCGGGCAGAGACAGCAAGGCUGCAGGACGAGAAGGUGGGCAACGGGCUACUGAUCGAUGGACAGACCAUCGUCGACACAAGCCUGCCGUUUGCGGAGCAGGCAGAGCCCGUCCUGGUUGCGGCGCCGAGGCGGAAGUAGAGUCAGGAGAGGCUGUAGGGACAAAGUGUGGAUUACUGUAUCAUACCAGGGCAAGUCGGGCGAAUUCCUGACGGGCAUAGCAUAGAGAAGCAU